AUGGCAUAUCGGAUCUACAGCCGCCUGGUUCGGCCGUGCUCAUCCCCUAUUCGCCUCGGUGCUGUCAUGGGGUUGUCGAAUAAGGUAGCUCGACCAAUGCCACCUCAUUUCCCUAUUGCCAUGUGCCAGUCCGCUGUACGGCAGCAAGGGCGGUACAGUUCGAAUUCUCCCAUGGUGAAGGCUCCAAGUCAUGACCGGAAGAAAGUUACCAUCAAGUCAUUGGAAGCCAUGUAUCGAAAGGGGGAACCAAUCACCAUGAUGACUGCUCAUGACUUCCCGAGCGCUUAUGUCUGUGAAGCGGCGGGUAUGGAAAUGAUUUUGAUUGGUGACAGUUUGGCAAUGGUUGCCCUGGGCAUGGAGGAUACUAGUGAGGUCACGCUUGAGGAUAUGAUUGUGCAUUGCCGUAGUGUCUCCCGGGCAGCUGGUUCGGCCUUUGUGGUGGGUGAUAUGCCUAUGGGUUCAUACGAGGUAUCUGAAGAACAAGCUGUCCAGACUGCUAUCCGACUUGUUAAGGAAGGUCGUGUCCAAGGAAUCAAGAUUGAGGGCGGCCAAGAAUUUGCCCCGACUAUCAAACGAAUUGUCAAAGCUGGCAUCCCUGUUGUUGCACAUGUCGGCCUAACCCCACAACGACAAAACGCCCUCGGAGGUUUCAGAGUACAGGGUAAAUCCAUGGCCACAGCGAUGAAAGUCUAUCAGGAUGCACUGGCCGUCCAGGAGGCUGGUGCAUUCAUGACCGUGGUCGAAGCAGUGCCAGCCGAGAUUGCAACCAUCAUCACGAAGAAGCUGCGCAUCCCGACUAUAGGUAUUGGUGCUGGUAACGGAUGUUCCGGCCAGGUGCUGGUGCAAAUUGACAUGCUAGGCAACUAUCCUCCGGGAAGAUUCCUGCCUAAAUUCGUUAAGAAGUAUGGCGAUAUCUGGUCGGAGAGCUUGAGGGCCAUGGAACAAUAUAAAGCUGAAGUCAAGCGCCGUGAAUACCCUUCGCCCGAAUAUUCAUACCCAACAGCAAAAGAGGUCGUUGAGGAGUUUGAGAAAACUGUUGGAGAGAAAGAGUAA